AUUUAAUUCUAUUGUAUUAUUCCGUCCUACUUAAGUACUUUUUGUUGUGAUAAAUAACUUAAUGGAUAGAAAUAAAGCACCGUUAAAUAUUGCUAAUAACCAAAAUUUCACUUAAAAUAAUCAACAGAACACUCAUUAUCAUUAUGAACAAUUAUAGUAGCAGCAAUAACCAAAUUUAGAAGAAGAAUAAGCCAUAAUUUAGUACUAUGUCUAUGAAGACUUUUAAAAUUUUCUUAAUCUUUUAUAUUCAUUUUAAGCUGUUAAAGAAUUUUUUAAAAAAAAUCCUGAACACAUUUUGAUUAAAAUUUCUGAAAAUAAACUAUUAACUCAAAUGAAUCUUUCAAAUUCCAUUCAUUAUGAUUUAUAAAUGACUUCAAAACAUCCUAAAUAAAUAGAAUGUUUAUAAAAAAAUAAAAAAGCUUUAAAAAGUCAAAUUAGAGAAGUAUGCCCUCAAGAAUUUGAAAAGGAAAUUAAAUUUUAUGAGGAAUAUUGCUUAAAUGAAAAAGUGAGUAUAAAAAGGCUGGAAUUAAAAGCCACUUAAUUAAAAGCAAAUUUUAAUGAGGGAGUUUUAUAAUAAAUUUUGCCCUAAAUUCAAACUGUUGAGAAUAAAGUUAAUUACAUAAGAAAAAACAAAAAGUAUUAAAUACCAUCAAUAUAAGAUAUGAAAAAAAUUGCUGAAUAAUACAAAGAUUAGACAAACCAGAAACUGAAGGAAUAAAAAAUCAAAUUAUGAUAAAUACAACAUUAAUAUACAAUGUAAUUAAAAUUGUU